GCCGUCACGUCUACGACCACCUGGCAGACACCCCAAUGUCACGGACUGACUGACUGACACACCACUACAUGUAACCCCGGGCGCACCACAGACAGGUGAGUGAGUGGGUACAGUAGGUGGGGGAGACAGACAAGGAAGGCACCGACCAACACACACUGUCCGAGAGGGCAAAUGGAUGGAUGGACGGCCGCUUCCCUUGGUGGUGUGUGGUCCCAUUAGGUGGACGUCCGCAUAAUACAUACUGAGCUCUACAGCCGUGACCCAGACAGGUCAACCGAACGGCUUCAUCUAGCUGUCCUGGUGGGCAGUAAACACAUACAUAGCACACCAGGGAGGGAGGCCUUCAUGUCUGCAUCUCUCAAGAUUGUGUCUCUGCUCACUUACAGGCGUGACGCCAAUUGUCCACCCACUGCCCUGACCAACCGAACGGCUUCAUCUAGCUGUCCUGGUGGGCAGUAAACACAUACAUAGCACACCAGGGAGGGAGGCCUUCAUGUCUGCAUCUCUCAAGAUUGUGUCUCUGCUCACUUACAGGCGUGACGCCAAUUGUCCACCCACUGCCCUGACCAACCGAACGGCUUCAUCUAGCUGUCCUGGUGGGCAGUAAACACACAGCACACAGUACAGAGGCCUUCAUGUCUGUCUGUCUGUCUGUGUGUCUCGCUCUUUUCUGUCCUUGCUUGCUCACAGGCAUGACACCCAUUCGCCAUUUCUCGCUCCACUGUCGUCUCUUCUGGUUACUUGGGUCACCUGGUCGUCUCUCUGUCUUUCUAUCUCUCUCUCUCCCUCUCUCUCUCUCUCUCUCUCUCUACGUGUGUGUAUGAGGGAGCUGUUGGGCUGACUGACUGACUGGCGGACCGGUACUUGUUUUUGAAUGUGAAUGUGUACACUACCCAUGGCAGCUGAGCUGUAUGUAAUGAUAUUACACCCACACCGAACUAAUGUCAUGCCGCCCCAUGAGCACUGGAGCACAGCCAUCCCAUCAACACGUAGAUUGAAUCCCACACGUGUGCACACGGGCCACUCAGUCAGUUAGUCGUCCAUAUACAACUCUAUCUGGCCGCCUCCGCUGCCCAUCUCCCUCCCGUCUCACCCUCCACUAACUACAUGCUGCCCCUCUCUGGUGCCUCAGGUCCAUGGGCAAGAGGCCUCUGACCGCCGGCCUCCGCGAGGCGGCACCACCGUGGGCUGGCACCAACACUACUCGACGCCCAACCACCCCCACCAACAGCUACAUGCUCUCCACUCGCAGCCCCGCCUGAUCAACCAAACCAACCAAAACGAGACAAACACAUGGGACGCGUGGUUGUGUUUGCUCGUCGCGGAUGCAAGCAUAGCCUACCGGGCUGCCUGCCGCCGUUCUCGGCAUCGCAUCGCCAAGCCUCUCUGCGAUUUUGUCAUUGAGCCCGUUCUGACAUGUGAGGUCCAUGACGGAUGGCGAGUUGACGGCGAGGGACGGCGGCGGGGGCCGGAGGGAGGGAGGAGGGACUGGGAUGGGUGGCUGUUGGCGUGGGGGAGUGCGGGGGCCGAUGGGAAGCGCUGUGCCGUCUGCCCUGUAACCGCUGCUGGCUCACGAGAUCCCUGACACAUACACACACAAACACACAAACACACAAACACACACACACAGCCAGCUGAUCUACUUGUGCAACCAUCGUGCUGUGUAUGUCAGUUGCUCACAGUUUUGUUUUUCAGCGACAGCGAGAUUUGUGCCGUUCUUUCUCGAUGUCCUUCUUGAGCGACGCCUCGCGCGGCGCCUCUACCACACGCUUCUCACACUGACCAUAACCACACACACACACACACAGACACACAUGGACAGACAGACAGACAGACACUCGGAAGGCGGAUCUUGUGCCUCUCCACCCACUUACCGAGAAAGCCAUGUCAUGAAACUCCAGAACGACAAGAGGCCUCCUGCGAACAUGACGAGAGGCGCGUUGAAGGCGCCCAGCAGAUUGCCGCCCCACAGCCUCUGAACCACAGCAUAGCCGUGGCCUGGUGUGUGGGCGAAGCAGACGGCCGGCCGCCGAAAGACGGGAUGAUGCAAGUGUGUGUGGUGGCGGACGAUGGUCCUGGCGGACGGCAGGCUGCCGCCCAGGCAAACGGACGAGCGCCGCAUAUGCUUGCGCAUAUGAUCCCCAGGGAGUCUCAGCGAAGAGAUCUCAAAGCGACAAUAAGCCGAUGUCAGCUCAUCGCAUCAAAGCGUCAUCAUAGCCAAGCUGAUCUUCGCUGAAAAACAGGGGAGGGGAGGUUUCGACCAGGAGCGGGUCUUUGUGCGACCGUUAGCCGAGCUUGAGUUUUCGUCGUGCCCUUAACCACCACGCACAAUGCGUUAACACAAUGACCAACCAACCAUCCAUGCAGUAUUAGUUUUCUGCCAACCCGUCAACAAAUCGCACCUCUCUGCCUGCCCGCCCGCCUCCCUGCCUGCCUGCCUCCCUGUCUGUCUGUCUGUCGACCAACGUCUGAUCUGAUCACACCCCAGGCUCUGCCUCG